CGCAAUGAAACAAGAUAAACAAACAUGGCCGCCGCCGCCGAUCUCAAAAUGGAGAGCGCCAAAACGGUCGACGUUCACCUGUUUUCCUGCGACAUCAAGCACCGCGGCAAGGCCAAGGCGUCCACCUACUUCUUGCCCCACGUCGAACCUGUCGAAGGACAGCCGGGCAUCUUCAAGUCGCACCUUCGUGGACGACCUCUGAAGGGCCGUCACCUGACGCUGCCCGAGGGCUACAGCGGCAUCGUAGCUCGCAGCGCGGCCACGGACUCGGAAUGCGAGUGCAGCACCAAAAAACUCUACGUCAGCGGUCGGUUCGACAAGAUAACCGCCUGGAACUGGAGCAUUCCGCUUUACGAAGACAGGUGCCGGCAGAUCAACGACUGGAUCGUCGUCAACCAAGCGCUACACGGGUGCGAGGAUGAGUGAACGAGCAAGGCGCCGAAAACGCGCGCGCUUUGUUUGUAUCUAUCUACUGCACGUUGAAGUCACAGAGGCAUUCGUGAAAGGUGUCGUUGUUCGCGACACCUGUUUGCGUUAAAAGUGCGCCUACCUUGUUUUACCUCAGGGGUCAAUGUUGAACGCCGUUCGGCAGUUUUGACUGUUCGAUAUCGUGCCACUGUUCGUGCGUGAAUGUCAUGUCCAACGUAACGGUGUGGUUGGUCACUGCUUGUUUCAUGCUAACCAUCAAUUUAUUGCUGUGUGAUGCGUUGAAGUAGCGGUAAUAAAGUCUACCUUGCUAAGCACUUGCAGGCUGU